ACUCUAUUUCACUCUAGAUGAGAUGAUUUUCAGAUCUACUAAUAACUAUUCAUAACUUUCCCUAACUAAUCUCUACAUCUUCAAGUUUUGUAUACUUCGUUGCUAAAGGAAGUAACAACUAUGGUUAUCCCGAUGAUCGCAGACUUGGAUCGAUUAUAUGAACUCAUGGAUUCUACUCACCAAAAUUCAUCUCGACUUAGGUCUUUAAGAGAGGAGCUUAAGAAUCUGAACAGAGAAAUAGAAGAAGCUGAAAGACUGAGGUUGAAAAGGAGGAAUCAGAGAAAGAGGUUGAUACGGUCGAAUACUGGAAGAAGAAGGCGUCACGCUUGGAGAAAUCACUGGAGGAGAGUAGAGAGAGCAAGCUGAGAUUGGUUGAGUGUUUGAAGAUUAUGGAGACUCUCAAAACAGGUGAAGGGUUCUCGAGUUUCAUACUAGAGCACUCACCUUUUUUCAUGGGACAUCAGGAUCAAGAUUUACGGUACAAUGUUCAUAUUCAACCAGUUUUUUGGUUUGAAGGAGGAGGACGUUCUUGGGAAAACAGACUGAGAUUUUCAAUGGCAAUGGGGUUAAAGAGUUUGAAGACUUCAAGAGAGAGGUUCUUGAUAAGGGAAAAGCUUCAAAGAGAGAGAUCACAUUUGAGACUGAUUUAUUCGGUUCAAAGACGUUUCUGAUCUUUGUUGAGGCUGUUUACAGUAAAACUGGCAAGAAAAUGGGCAUAAAUUACAUUGGGAUGGAAGUAACUGAUCAGGUAAGGAAGAGGGAAAAGAUGGCAAAACUUGGAGAAGAUAUUGCAGUGAGAAAGGCAAUGGAAUCAGAACUUAAGAAGACCAUUCACAUUACAGAGGAGAUGAUGAAUGCAAAGAAGAUGCUAGCCAGAAUGCCUGGUGAGAUAAGAUCACCAUUGUUGAGGAUUGUCAGACUGGCUGAGAGAUUUUCUUCCAUCACAAAACUUGAUGAAGAGGAAAGACGUUUGUUGAAUGAAAUGAUAUCGUCUGCCGGUUUAGCACUUGAGAGAAUAAACGAGUUUCUUGAUCUCUCUGAGGUUGAAUCAGGAACUUUAGUCAUGACUGAAACAAUGGUUGAGAUCUCAGAAGAUGACAAGAGAUUGACAAAGCUCUGUUCUCUAAAGAAGAAGGCAAUAAAUGCGACGAACAAGUUUAAGCACUCAAUGACCAAGAGAGGUCGAAGGCAUAGCCGUGUGAGGUGCGUCUCAAUCGUCGACGAAAUCGAUACAGAGGAGUUGCGACAGGUUGAUGCUUUCCGUCAAGCUCUUAUAUUAGAGGAGCUGCUUCCUUCGAAACACGAUGAUCAUCACAUGAUGCUUAGGUUCUUGAGGGAGAAGUUCGAUAUCGAAAAGGCCAAGCAAAUGUGGUCCGAUAUGCUUAACUGGAGGAAAGACUAUGGCGCAGACACCAUCAUGGAGGACUUUGAUUUUCAAGAGAUCGAUGAAGUGGUUAAGUAUUAUCCACAAGGGUAUCAUGGUGUUGACAAGGAAGGAAGACCUGUCUACAUCGAGAGGCUAGGCCAAGUUGAUGCCACGAAGCUGAUGAAAGUGACCACAAUCGAUAGGUACGUGAAGUACCACGUGAAAGAGUUUGAGAAGACUUUCAACGUCAAGUUCCCUGCUUGUUCUAUUGCUGCUAAGAGACACAUUGAUCAAAGCACAACGAUCUUGGAUGUUCAAGGCGUGGGGCUUAAUAAUUUCAACAAAGCUGCAAAGGAUCUUCUCCAGAGUAUUCAGAAAAUCGACAACGAUAACUACCCUGAGACUCUGAACCGUAUGUUCAUCAUCAAUGCUGGUUAUGGGUUUAGGCUUGUGUGGAAUGGAGUGAAAUCUUUCCUUGACCCAAAAACUACCGCCAAGAUUCAUGUUCUUGGUAACAAAUACCAAAGCAAACUGCUGGAGAUCAUUGACGCCAAUGAACUGCCUGAGUUCUUGGGUGGUAAGUGCACAUGCGCAGACAAAGGUGGAUGUAUGCGUUCAGACAAAGGUCCAUGGAACGACCCCGACAUCUUCAAGUUGGUUCAGAACGGUGAAGGUAGAUGCCCGAGGAAGAGCUUGUCAGGGAUCGAGGAAAAGACCAUUACAGUCUCUAUGAACGUAACAGAGAAACGCGAACCAUUCGAACCAGAAGAGACUUACAAGAAGAACUCUGCUGCGGAGGAGAAUGAGAAGUUCAUCGACAAGACCGUGGAUAUUGGUGCUUAUCAUCCUACAGAGCUUCAAAAGGCCAAGAAUAUUGUUGUUCCCGACGAGCCUAAAGAUUUGUUGCAACCGGCUGUGGUGGAGAGGAAAGGGUACUUAUACGGUGGAGUGAUGGCGUUGCUGAUGGGGAUAGUGGGAGUGAUGAGGCUAAGCAAGAACACGCCGAGGAAGCUCACAGCGGCGUAUGUUGUGUACCCGGAGGGAGUGACGGUAAUGCCGACGCAGGAGUAUAUGGCGAUGGUCAAGAAGAUGACGGAUCUCGAGGAGAAAUGCAAAUCCAUGGAUGCUGCUCAGGCUGCUAUUUCUAUGGAGAGGGAGAAGGUUCUUGACGCUGCGCUUCGUCGUGUUGAACAGCUCGAGCUUCAGUUGUCUGAAACCAAGAAGGCGCUAGACGAGACGAUGACGAGGCAACAUGAGAUAAUGGCUUACAUCGAGAAGAAAAAGAAGAAGAAGAGAAAGUUCUGUUUUUUCUGAAAGACUCCUUCAGCCUCCUAAACUACAUUUCCGUUUUCUACAAAAUGGAUUACUGGAGAAGAUAUAUAUAUAAUGACGAAGUCUUGAUUUGCAUUGUUGUUGUUCAAAGAGACUCCAAUCUCCCUUUUUGUGUAAUUGUUUCUCUUUAAAAAUUAAUAAUAUUUUUUCUUGUUAAACUUAUAAUAUUUUUUCAAAAAAAAUAAACUUAUAAAAACCAACUUGUCAUCUUCA